AUGCAUUGUGUAGAUGGAACAACUACCAUUGCUAAUCCAGAUCUUACUUUAAAUAUGGGAUAUAAUUCUACUAAUAUUAAGCCAAGAAAGAGUUUAAAUAAACGUUGUCCAAAAUCAAAUUUUUUACUUUUGAAAGGUAUUAGCACAAAAUGUAAUGACACUAAUAAUACAACUGAAGAUAAUACUAAUGAGUUAUGCAGUAAUAAUAACAAUAAUGCAAUUUAUCUACCACCGCCAAGCUGUGAACAUUCAUAUGCUAGCCAGUCAUUGCUAAAUAUGUGUGAAGGAUCAUUUCUUCAAAAGCUUAGUUACUGGCGAGGACCAAAACAUGUUCAGAAUACUAGCAAAUUAAAGCGCAGAUUUCAGUCAACUAAAUAUAGAAAACUUUCUCAUCAUGACGAAUUUUUUUUAACACUUAUGCAACUUCGUCUUGGUAUUUUUAAUGAAGACAUUGCAGAACAAUUUAGAAUUUCUCCUACUACUUCUUCUUAUAUAUUUUCCACAUGGAUUAAACUUAUAAGCAAUGUGUUAGGUAGUGCUCUUAUUGUAUGGCUUCCACGUGAAACCAUCAGGGAAAAUUUGCCUAGGGUUUUUAAGAAUGCAGGAUAUGACAAGUGUUGUGUGAUUAUUGAUUUUGCUGAAAUUUUUAUUGAACAACCCAAGUCUCUCUUAGCUCAAGUCUCAACUUGGUCUAAUUAUAAACAACACAAUAUGUUUAUGUUUCUUGUAGGAAUUUCGCCUAGUGGUUUUAUCACUUUUUUAACUGAUUGUUAUGGUGGAAGAUGUUCAGAUAAUUUUAUAACAAAAGACAGUGGUUUUUAUGACUUGUUAGAGCGUGUCUGA